CGGUCCCGCCCGCGUCGCCUCCGCUCCGGGACCGCGGCGAGAGUCGCUUGGGGCGGCCGCCACCCGCCGGCUCCGCAGCGGGCCCCGCGCCCAUGUGCUGCCGGCACCCGCGGCGGCAGCCCCAGACCUCGGCGUGCGAGGACUUUUGUCUUCAUGAUGGGAGGAAACAUCCCCCUGGCUUUUAGGAUCCGAGCUUCUCUCGUUGUGAGGAUUUGCCAAGGCUGAGAGACUCUGGAUUAUCCCUAACGUUCUAAAAUACAGAAGGGCUUUCUGUCUCUCCAUUGCGAGGGGCUUGGUGCAGACGUGAAGAUGGCCUCCAGCCUCACUUGCGCCGGUGUGGUCUGGGCUUUCCUCUCCUUCCUCUGCGCAGCGGCAUCCUGUGUGGGCUUCUUCAUGCCCUACUGGCUCUUGGGGUCUCAACUGGAGAAGUCGGUUUCCUUUGGCACUUUCCGGAGGUGCUCCUACCCGGUGCGAGAUGAGAGCCGCCAAACGACCAUCAUGGUGGAGCAGUGCGGCCGCUACGCCUCCUUCCAGGCCAUCCCCAGCACCGAGUGGCGGAUCUGCACGGUGGUGACGGGCCUGGGCUGCGGGCUGCUCCUCCUGGUGGCCCUGACUGCCCUCAUGGGCUGCUGCGUGUCCGAGCUCAUCUCCAGGACCGUGGGCAGGGUGGCAGGAGGCAUCCAGUUCCUGGGAGGUCUGUUGAUUGGCUCUGGUUGUGCUCUCUAUCCUCUUGGAUGGGACAGUGAAGAAGUCAGACAAACCUGUGGCAACCUUUCCAACCAGUUUGAAUUGGGAACCUGUGAAAUUGGCUGGGCUUACUACUGCACAGGUGGGGGUGCGGCGGCAGCCAUGCUGGUGUGCACCUGGCUGGCCUGCUUCUCCGGCAAGAAGCAGAAGCAGUAUCCCUACUGAGCAGCCCCGGGUGCGGGCAGCUGCCAGAAGCACAAGGGCCUGCAGGUGUCUUCUGGACCACAGUGACAACAAAAAGGAAAAUUUUAAGUGCUUUCGUUCUGAAACUCAGUAGGAUGGGCUGGUGGGUGGCACUGGGAGCCCAGGGGAAGAAGGUGAACCAUGGACCAAAGCCACCCCGCCAGGCAGGCUGGGGAAGGGCCUCCUCACCACCCCGCAGAAAUAUAACCACGUAAACAAGGAAAACUCCACAUUGGCAAAUUGUGACAUUCUGCGUGCACCAAUUAAUGGCGGGAUUAGUGAGGAAAAGAUAUUGCUGGGAGGCUGGGGAAAUGCCCCUGCAAUGCGGUGUUCCCAAAAGCACACACAGAUGUUGACCAUGGCACAAAAUGACUAGAGAGAAAAACCUUUUUGGUGCGAUUCUUCUUUCUUUCUUUCUUUCUUUUGUUUUUUAGAACUUCUUUUUGGUGGAUUAAAUUUCAGUGUUACAACACUUUUUAAUCUAUACGUUACAUCUAAUAAAAGGACCAAUAAGCCACUUUAUCAGUAUUUUGUAUGUUCUCUCCACAUUUCUCUUCCUCAAACAUUUAGCCACUGCUUAUUCAUCCCUAUAGAUCUUUUAUUAAGCCUCUGUGUUUCAGCAUUAUUACAAAAAUGCAGCAUAAUAACUUGGCAGAUGUAGCCAUUGCCUAUAGUACUUUUAUGAAGUGCAGUAAAUGGGUAUUUUUCUGCCCAUUGAAAAUUUCACUUACGGUACUGUAGAACUCUGUUGGUUAUGCUAGACUGACAGGGAACUUAUUACAGACAUAGAUUUUUGUCUCUGUUAUGUUUAGCUCAUUGAUGUCGUAUUGUGCUGUACCAUGUUUAUUAUUUCAAUAUUCAUUUUUGUAAAAAAAAAAAUUAUAUAUAAAUGUGCUAUUUUAUGUUUGUAUUUGAAAAAUCUCUGUAAAUAAAUUUUUCCUUGAUCAAUA